CUCCUGGUUGUUCAUCAAAGGAAGCAUAAAAGGCAAACCCUCGUUUCCUCUCUCUCUCUCUCUCUCGAUCCCUCUGAGCUCUCUACCCCUCGCUGUUGCAGAGCCGAGAAAAGAAGAAAGAGAGGGGAAAAGGAAGAGAAAUUCGUCUCUCCUCCUCCCCACCAUCUUCGCUCGUCUCGUCUCGUCGCGAUUCGUAUCGGAUUCGCUCGAUCCGAUCAGGGUUUGGGAUGGCUUCUCAGCAAGCUGCUGCGGGAUCUUGCCCUACCGCUCAAGUGGUGGGGAAUGCCUUUGUGCACCAGUACUACCACAUUCUUCACCAAUCGCCGGAAUCGGUGUACCGGUUUUACCAGGAUUCGAGCAAGCUUGGUCGUCCUGAUGCGCAAGAAGCGAUGAGUUCGAUCACCACGAUGCAGGCGAUUAAUGAGAAGAUACUUUCAAUGGAUUAUGGCGAGUUCAGGUCAGAGAUAAAGACGGUGGAUGCUCAAGACUCCCUUAACGGCGGGGUCCUUGUGCUUGUGACUGGACACCUGAUCUCAAAAGACAAUGCCAAGAGGAGUUUUACUCAAUCUUUCUUUCUGGCUCCUCAAGACAAAGGAGGGUAUUACGUAUUGAACGAUAUUUUCAGAUACGUGGAAGAGGUAGGACGGAUGGAAGGAAUUGUUGAUGUGGUGAACGCUGGAACCGAAGCUGCUCACGGAGCAGCUCCACCACCUGCGGAAGAGCCAGCUCCUAUUCUGGAGAAUCAUGUGACUGAGGAAGCUGCUCAACUAUGUGAGGAAGAUCUUGAUGUCGAGGAAGCAUAUGAACAUUCUGAGGGGGAACGCUCUGGUCUGGAAGAGGAAGUUGUAGUGGAAGAGGUGGUUGAUGAGAUUCAAAGUGAACCAGCAGCUGCUGCUGACUCAACUUCUUCAACUCUAGAAGAGGCUCCGAAGAAGUCUUAUGCCUCGAUUCUGAAGCUGAUGAAGGAGAAUGCAUCUCCUUCCCCAGUUUCUGGACCUUCUCCUGUUAGGCCAGCUGCCCCAACUCCAGAAAGAGUGGUAGCUCCUCCACCAGCACCAGCUCCUGUAGCUGAGGUGUCUGCACGCAGUUCGAAUGCUGCUGAAAGCAUCACCUCACAAGAGGCUGAAGCUGCUGAUGGGCAUUCAAUCUAUAUAAAGGGUCUUCCUUUAAAUGCUACUCCUUUCCAACUUGAGGAGGAAUUUAAGAGGUUCGGUCCCAUUAAGAGUGGUGGUGUUCAAGUGAGGAGUAACAAGCAACAAGGAUUCUGUUUUGGUUUUGUAGAGUUUGAGGCAUCAAGUUCUGUGCAAAGCGCAAUUGAGGCUUCACCUAUAACUAUUGGUGGUCGUCAGGCGUAUGUUGAAGAGAAGAGGCCAUCUGGUUCACGAGUUGCCAGGGGCCGCUUCCUAAGUGGGAGGGGUGGGUAUCGCAACGAUGGGCCAAGGGGAGGGCGUGGCAACUAUGGUGGUGGGAGGGGCUAUGGCAGAGGAGAUUUCAACAGCCGGGCAGAGUUUGCAGGAAGGGGUGGUCGUGGAGGUUCAUCCAACCGUGGCGGGGAGGGAGGAUAUCAGAGGGUCGAGCAUGCUGGGAAUGUAGGCGGGCGAAUGAAUCGCAGUGGCAGUUUGGGUAUGAAUUCAUCGACGAAAGCUGUUGCACCCCGGGUGCCAGCACCUGCUUAAGAAUUGCGAUGAGCUCUAGUUGGUUGGGAUCUUCAGUAAUCAUGUGAGUGUUGGCGUGAGUAAUUCUUGGGACGAUUCUGACAUUGCAGGAGGCGGCAGGUAAAGUGAAGCUUCAACCUGUCUGCUGAUUGAAUUUUCAGGCAACUUGAAUCGGGCUUUCCUAAAAUGUAGUCUGUAGAAUAUGAUUGUUAGGCGUAGAUCACAUUUUGACUUUAUUUUAACCUUUUCUUUUUCCUUACGUGGGUCUAUCGAGUAAGAGUCUCUUGAGUUAAAUGGUUAGUUCACUAGAGUUGAUGAGUGGUAGCGCGUCCAAUUUUUCAGUUUGUUCUGUUGUCCCUUCUUUUUUCCCUUUUCGCCUCUGCCCAUUUUGUGUAAGUAGGAAAGAAGGGGAUUUGAGUUGUUCCUUCCUAAUAUGAUGGCAGGGUAAUGACUGGCCGUAGAAUCUCGAACACAUUCUUAUAAAUUUGUUGAUCUAUUGGAAUUGCCA